UCAAUGGAUUUAUCAGUCGGUAUGCCUCAAUUUGGAAAGCGUAUGCAUAUUUUCUUGUAUGUCUUUUCAAAAGUUUAUAUUUGGUGUCAAAGUGUAACUUUUAUUUGAAGAUGAGAAGUUACUUCGUGUUUGACAACACCGGAACUUGCUCUGUUAGUUCAAUAUCAUCAGAAGAACAUAGAAUCCGUCACUGUGUGUCAAGCCAGUUACAUCUGCAAAACUUUGAAGUAAUUGGGUCAGGACAAAAUCCUGUACAUGCACACAUAUGGGAGGGAACUAUCGGUAACUUGUUAACAAGGAUGGAGACUUCAUCAUAUGACUGUACGCCCAUAUCUACCACUUCAUAUGGAACAACCGCCGAAGGUAAUACAAUCUCCAAAACACUUCUGUAUAGUAAUUACACUCAGUAUCAGUUGAGCGGUCCAAACGUAUUCGAAAUUCCAAAGGCAUGUUUGAAGACAGCUCAACCAGUUGGGAAAUAAUGUACUAUGAGCUCUGUGUACAUGCUACUUUCAAGGAUUACGAAAAAAAAUAAAAACAAACAAACCCAUA